GAAUCAUUCACGUCAAUUGAGAAUUCACUUUCAGAAAUUUCUGACGUUUCAAGUAUAUUUAAAUAGGAGCUCGGACAUACAGUAGUGUAAAAAACAAUUUAAUGAACUAACAAACAACAAAAAUGAAAAGCAAAAUUAUAUUUGUGUUCGCUUUAAGUAUUGGAUUAACCAUAGCGCAAGGACAGAACUUUGGACAAGGCCAACAGUUUCCACAGGCAGGCGCCGGACAGUUUCAACAAGGAGCUGGUGCCAAUCAAUUUCCACAAGCAGGUGGUGGAGCACAGUUUCAACAGGGAGCUGCAGGACAAUUUCCACAAGCAGGUGCAGGCCAGUUUCAACAGGGGGCUGCAGCCCAAUUCCCACAACAAGGUGGAGGUCAGUUUCCGCAAGCAGGCGCAGGUCAAUUUCAACAGGGUGCAGGUGGACAAUUUCCGCAAGCUGGAGCAGGACAGUUUCAAGGGCAAGCCGGUGCUGGACAAUUUGCAGGACAGGGAGCUGGUGGACAGUUUCCAGGGCAAGCCGGAGCUGGACAAUUUGCAGGACAGGGAGCUGGCGGCCAGUUUCCAGGCCAACCAGGCGCUGCACAGUUUCCAGGACAAGCAGGUGGGGGACAAUUUCCCGGACAGGCAGCAGCCGGACAGUUUAACAAUGUUGGGGGUUUCGGUAACCCAUUUGGCGGAGUGGGAAACUUUUUAGGUGGCAAUGAUGGAACAUUUGGUGGUAAUGGACAGCCUGGAUUACCUGGACAAGCCACUGCACCGGGCCAACAACCAGGUGCGGGAAGACAGUUUUUCAUGAAUUUAUCACAGAAUCCAAACAAUUACAGAUAUGCCACUUGUUAUUUCAACAGUUCUACUAGCAACAUCAAAGGAAGAGCGGAUUUCCGACAAUUUUUAUAUGGAAACCCAGCAGUAGAUAUUAGGAUACAAGUUGUUGGUCUACCCCUGUCUCCAGUCGAUACUCAGAGAGGAGUACACAUCCACGAGUAUGGCGACAAUGGUGAUAGUUGUUCCAGGGUUGGACCACAUUAUAACCCAACACAAACAAGACAUGGUGGAAGAAAUAGUUUCGCAUUUUUGAGACAUGUUGGUGAUUUAGGGAACAUGUUACAGUCCAAAGAAGGUGUAUCAUCAACACAGUUCAGAGACAGUGUUAUCUCCUUAGCUGGUAGGAACAGUGUCAUUGGAAGAUCACUAGUUAUCAAACUUGAACGGGACGAUGAAGGAACAGGUACUAACAGUGCCAGUCAGAUGAAUGGUAACGCAAGAACUCCUCUGGCUUGCUGUACUGUUGGUAGAGCUAGUAAUUCUAACUGGGCCAAACCUUACUCUGAACAAGAUCUAGCAGCUUUGUCUGGAGGUGUGUUUGUUCCUAGUAAUACUAACACAGCUCCAACACAACCAGCUCAAGGAAAUAAUGGACUAACAUUUGGAGCUAACACCAAUACUGUUAACCAACCAACAAAUACUGGUUUCAAUCAACCAGCCAACACAGGAUUCAACCAACCAACAAAUACAGGUUUCAAUCAACCAGCCAAUACAGGUUUCAAUCAACCAGCCAACACAGGAUUUAACCAACCAGCCAACACAGGAUUUAACCAACCAACAAAUACAGGAUUUAAUCAACCAGCCAAUGUAGGAUUCAAUCAACCAGCAAAUACAGGUUUCAACCAGCCAGCAAAUACAGGUUUCAACCAACCAGCUAAUACAGGAUUUAAUCAACCAGCUACAAAUAAUGCAGCUCAGCCAUUACCACAACCACAACCACAGCCACAGCCACCAACUAAUGCAGGCGGUGGUGGAAAUCCAUUCUUAAGUUUCGGAGGUGGUGGUGGUGGUGGUGGCGGAGCAGCCCAACCAGGAUCAUUUAGUUUCCUUGGUAAUGGCGGUAAAAGGAAAUAAAUUGUGAUUGCUGACACCAAGUGUAAAACAAUGCAUCUCUCAGUGCUUUAUAUGUAUGGGUAUGACCCUAUAGUUAAUAUAAGAUGAUAUCACUAAAAGCCAUCACAGGUUUGACACAAAGAGGCUUUUUAUCUCAUUAACUAAAGACUUAUUUAUGUUUGUACUAUUAUUGUGUAUAUUUUGUUAAAUACUAUUUGUAAUAAAAUGCUAAAAAAACCUUG